AUGGCUUUGACUGCGUACAUCUCUAUUACUUCAAUGCUUGUUGGGACGUUUGGCGAGGUUGCGGUCUGCCCUGUGGGUUCAUGCCAAGCAUUGGAGCCCUGGACGCAAACUUGCUACCAGUACAAUCAAGCAUCGAAAGCUGCUGCCGGUGGGACAGCUUAUGUGGCGUUUUGGGAUUGUGCUCACGGGAUGCCCCUGGCGCUUCGCAUGACUCCAAUCAGCCCAAAAGAGUGGCCGGCAGGAGAAGAGUAUUUUUACCAGUCGCAAAGCUUGCAGAGCCUUCUGCAGACCUUUCAGAAAGCAGUGUCACCUGAGGAGCAUUGGGUGUAUGCCAGCCUCCACUACGGCCUUCAAGCUAUCCCACGAGCCAUGCGCAGGUUUACAAAAGACAUUGAAAUCAAAUCUGAAGUGUUGUGGCGGCAGAGCGCCAGCUUGACAAAAUUGAUGUUCAUGGUUGUUCCUGUCGCAGCAGAGUGUGAGCUCUGCGUGCAGCAUUCCGGCAGGCUGGAGGUGUGGAAGCGCCAAGAGAGAACGCAGCUUGCAGGCGCUCUUCGCUUGCGAGUUUCGGUCCUUCAAGAGUUCACCCCUCUGGAGAUUUCAGAUCUAACGCAUGCAGAGACAGUCCUGUUCAUCUGGGGCUUCCUCACUGACGUAGCAAUUAUGGCCCGCAUGGGCUUCUGGUUCGAUUGCCAUAUGGGAAAUAUCGUGUGCCAACUCGACCAAUACGGUGAAAAAACUUUCGCAUGGCUGGACUUCGGAGGGCGAACUGGUGGCGACAUGUUUUUCAGACAGCUCGCUGACACGCUCAUUGCUGGUAUGGAUCGCCUACGUGAUCUUGGCGCAAAUGCCACGGCGAAGUCGCUGUCCGAGCUUGUCCGUUCGUUCUCGGCGCGCCCCGGGCUGGACCAGGUGGCUGAGCGAGCGCAGGAGAUCCUGAUCGAGACAUCGCCAGAUUACGAGUUUGCGAGCCAUAUACUUCAACGUGUGGGACCCCUUCGUCCAGAUCGGCUGCGGAGCUUGCAAGAGAGACGGCCUCGCGCAGGCUCGUUGAGGUCAUCUGUCUGGGUGCGGGAGCUGAUCCGCAAGGACUGUGCUCUCUGA